AACUCCAGAGGACUCUGCAGUUUAUGAAUUGUUUUGGUUGGGAGACGUGUUUGGUGAGAGUCUUAUUUUCGAGCCUCGGACGCUUCAGCCGUCGCAGUGACGAUGUGUUCGUCUCAGGCCCUCAGAGAGUUCAUCAGAGACAGGCUGGUCGCCGCUGCGGAGGAAAUCUUCUCGGAGUUUGAGAAGCACAUCAUCCCGUAUCAGGAAAACGCCAGGCUGCUGGACGCCUACUGGAAACCGCGAGUGACGCUGCGCAGAUUGAGCCUCCCGCAGCAGCAUGUCAGCGUGGCGGAGGAGGAUUCUGCCGGGCGGCCGGCCAGUGACAGGGGGACGAGCUGCAGCCAGGACCGGGAGGAACCACGACCUCCACGGAUGAAACACGAAGAGGAGGACUGCUGCGGCGCCCGUGAGGAAGAGGAAGCAGAGAAGAAGGAGGAGACGCACAGACACACACUGAGUGCUCGUUGUGAGGAAGACCUCCCACAGCAUCGGCUCUGCGUGGAGGAGAGCGCUCCCACUGACCAGCUGCUCUGUGGCCAGGACAGGACCUGUACUGGCGUCGAGGAGGAGCCAGAACCUCCGCAAAUCAAAGAGGAACAAGAGGAAAUGACGCUGGAAGCGCAGGCGGAGACAAACAGAUUCUUACCGACUCCUAGUUGCGAGGAAGGAGAGAGCUCUGUGUUGGAGCGAGGCGGCGAUAUUCUUCAGACCGGCGUAGGCAACUGGAUCCAGCCUCUCGCCAUGUUUGUACCCAAAGAGGAAUCUUACGAAGGACGCGAAGCUGCACUUGCAGACGAUAUACAGAUGGACCUCCCUCUGGUGCCGAGCUCUACGGUUGAUGCGGGCACGCAGUCUUUUCGGUGUGGCUUUUGUGAGAAAACCUUUCCGUUUAGAUGCCGACUGAUCCGACACGUGGGCACCCACAUGCGCAAAUGCAAGUUUAGAUGCGGCGUUGUUAAGAAUUCGUUCAGCCAGAACAGCCGGCUGAUCCGCCACAAGAAAACCAACGACUCCGGCGGAAAACCGCUCGGUCCACAGGUCGGCUCCUCGGCUUGCGCUCAGACCGAGCGACUCCUCUGCAAAACGUGUGGGAAUCACUUCAGCAACGCCUACAUCCUGAAGAGACACACGAGAGUCCACACAGGCGAGAAGCCGUUUGCCUGCGGCACGUGCGGAAAGUCCUUCGGUCGAAAGGACCACCUGCUGUACCACACGAGAUCCCACACGGCCAAACCGCGAGAGCCGGUGCCGCCCGCCGACAAGCCGAAGGCCGUCAACGCCGUCAAGAAGUUGUAUUCCUGCCAAACAUGCGGGAAACGCUUCACGAGACACCGCUACUUCUUGCACCACAGCAAGAGUCACAGUCCGCUCGUCUGCAAGACCUGCGGGAGACAAUUCAGACAGUUAUCAGGACUGAAGCGACACGAGUCGACCCACUCUGCCCCCAGGAGGUUUCCCUGCAGCAUCUGCGGGAAAUCGCUGAGCAGAAGGGACCACUUGGUGCGCCACAUGAAAGUCCACGCCAAGACAAAGCCCUUGCAACCUUUUUUGUUUGACGUAGCCAAAUUUUGAGGGAAACACAGCAGCCAAGGGCUGGAACUGUUAUUUUGUUUGAUUGUGGUAAUUUGGUCGUCCACAUGAGAUUCAGCACUGAAUCUCAAUCUCUUUUCUUGUCAGAGAUUGAGAAGAGUAAAUGAAGUGUAGUUUUCUGAACUAACCAGUCACAGUCCAUUUAAAAAACCUGACCUACCAAUUCCAGUAUUGGCCAAUACCAAUUUCUUUUUGUCUGUAAAAGUGAAAUCGGUGCACCCCCAGUGGAAAUGAGUUUAUUUCUGUCAGAGAAGCUGACUUCUACAUUUGUUCUUAUCUCUGCUGUCAAUCAGCGCCUUGAUGUUGAAUUCAGCUGCUGGGAUUGGCCGCUUUGCCAGCAGCAGCCAAUAACAUGUAAAGUAGUCUUAAUGAAAGAAAUGUUCCGAAAUAAUUUAGUUCAACCAAAAUUUUUUUUCAUUUGUGUAAUCGACAGGUGUUUCACCAACAGCUUUCUUUUUUUCUUUCGAGAAACAACUUUGUUUUUCUCACUAAAUUUAAGAUGUUUUGGUUAAACUGUGUCUGUUUUCUGUAUUCUUGUACUUGGGUAAGAAAUACUAUGAAUGACAGUAGGAAUGACUGAAAUAAAACCCAUUUGGAAGUA